CGCACGUGACAGUUAUAUUGUCACUGUGAAUAUUUCUUACUAAACUUCAGUGUGAAUUUUUCUUCGUACUCCAACGACGUCGUAACGCGCAGCUGACUGACCUCUACCAGAAAAACUACUCGGCUCCAGUAGUAGAGAAAAAUUCUUAUUAGAAAAUUAUUAAUUGUAGAGUUUGUGUGCCAACAAACGAUUUUGUGAGACUCUAAUUCGGAGCGCAAAUAAAUUGAGGAGAAAAUGUCGAUAUCUGCAAAACAAGCUAACAGGGAGCACGUCCUGGCCGUUUCCCGGGAUUUCAUCUCCCAGCCACGUUUAACAUACAAGACUGUUUCUGGUGUCAAUGGUCCCUUGGUCAUUUUGGAUGAAGUGAAAUUCCCCAAGUUCGCCGAAAUUGUACAAUUGCGUCUGGCUGAUGGCACAGUUCGCUCCGGACAAGUGCUCGAGGUGAGCGGCUCCAAAGCUGUCGUUCAAGUGUUUGAGGGUACAUCUGGCAUUGAUGCGAAAAACACAGUGUGUGAGUUCACUGGUGAUAUUUUGCGUACACCUGUGUCUGAGGAUAUGUUGGGUCGUGUAUUCAACGGCUCUGGCAAGCCCAUCGACAAAGGUCCCCCAAUUUUGGCUGAAGAUUUCUUGGAUAUCCAAGGUCAACCCAUCAACCCUUGGUCCCGUAUUUAUCCCGAAGAAAUGAUCCAAACCGGUAUUUCUGCUAUUGAUGUGAUGAACUCCAUUGCUCGUGGUCAAAAAAUUCCAAUCUUCUCAGCCGCUGGUCUGCCACAUAACGAAAUUGCCGCUCAGAUCUGUCGUCAAGCUGGUUUGGUUAAGAUUCCCGGAAAAUCUGUUUUGGACGAUCAUGAAGAUAACUUUGCCAUCGUAUUCGCUGCUAUGGGUGUGAACAUGGAAACUGCUCGUUUCUUCAAACAAGAUUUCGAAGAGAACGGUUCCAUGGAGAACGUGUGUCUUUUCUUGAAUUUGGCCAACGAUCCAACCAUUGAACGUAUUAUUACACCUCGUCUAGCCUUGACCGCUGCCGAGUUCUUGGCAUACCAGUGCGAAAAGCACGUUUUGGUCAUCCUUACAGACAUGUCUUCAUAUGCUGAAGCUUUGCGUGAGGUGUCGGCUGCCCGUGAAGAAGUGCCCGGUCGUCGUGGUUUCCCCGGUUACAUGUACACUGAUUUGGCUACCAUCUAUGAACGUGCCGGACGUGUUGAGGGUCGCAAUGGUUCCAUCACACAAAUUCCCAUUCUUACUAUGCCUAACGAUGAUAUCACCCAUCCAAUUCCUGAUUUGACUGGUUACAUUACUGAAGGCCAAAUUUACGUUGAUCGUCAACUGCACAACAGACAAAUCUAUCCCCCAGUCAACGUGUUGCCAUCUUUGUCACGUUUGAUGAAAUCUGCCAUUGGUGAGGGCAUGACCCGCAAAGAUCACUCUGAUGUCUCCAAUCAGCUGUAUGCCUGCUACGCUAUCGGUAAGGAUGUGCAAGCUAUGAAAGCUGUCGUCGGUGAGGAGGCGCUGACGCCUGAUGAUUUGCUGUACUUGGAGUUCUUGACCAAAUUCGAAAAGAACUUCAUUUCUCAGGGUAACUACGAAAACCGCACCGUCUUCGAAUCGUUGGAUAUUGGUUGGCAAUUGCUGCGUAUCUUCCCCAAGGAGAUGCUUAAGCGUAUCCCCGCUUCAAUUCUCGCGGAAUUCUACCCCAGAGAUUCCCGCCAUUAAACUUAUUAUCAAUUAUGUUGCUUUUUUUGUUUUAUUGGUUUUACGCUGCAGUUUUAAACGCAUUGCGCCAUCAGCCUACAUUCAACAUCAUAAAUUAUAUAGCAAGCGCGCUGUUGAACCAUUUAGGCCCUAUCAGAUAUACUAUUAAUUAUCAGUUAAUAUAUGUAGCAAGCAUCGAUAGUAAGUUAAAUAUGAAAUGGGAAAAAUGUGAAAUAUGCUUCAAACUGCAACUGGAAGUGAAACUGCAAGUGAAACUAAUUAAUUACGGCCGAACGAAGAUAUUUAGCAAAAUAGGAGACAGAAAAUUGUAAUUGAGACGCGCUUGAUGAUUCACACGUCCGCUAUGUGUGGCGUUCAAAUAUUUUAUUACAAAUACUUAAAUUAUAAAUGUGUUAGACAAAUUGUAUGCACUUUAUGGAAGUAAUUAAACCUACUAUACUUGCUAAAUUCAUUGUUAUAUAAAGCAUAAACACCGAUAACACACGUACACAGUAAUAAGAAUGUAAAUAACUAAUUGUGAAAUGUGAAUCACUGUAAAAACGCAGCAUAAAUGUGUUAUUUCGUGUUUUUAUUCGUUCAUUGUAAGAUCUUGUAAAUUAUAUCAGGUUUUUGCGUCUGCUACAAUUAUAUAAUUUUGUUUUAUUUUAUUUUAUCGAAAAAAAAAAUGUUAAAGAACCCUCUGAUCCUAAGUAACGCAGCCCAACCACCAGUCGCAGUUGCGAUCAAACUUGUUUGUUCUCACAUUUUUUUUAGUUCUAAGUUCUAACGUUUGAAGUCAAAGCUAAAAGCACACACACACACACUUACAUAUAGAGCAUUCCAAUUUAAAGUUAUUUUUAAUUAACGCAAUAAUGUUUUAUUCAUGCAUGCAUGUUACUUCAAGUAUUAAAAAAUAUAUCCCAACUCGUCUCACACGCACACAAAUACAAACACACGUCUUUUCCUUGGACCCCUUGGUUGGCUUGGCGAGCAUCUAUCGCAACGAUUCGGCACAAUUAGCCAACCAGUCAGUAAAGUGAGAGUUAAUGAGUCUUUAUUUUUGUUGUUUUCUCCUGUUUUUCACAGCUUUUGAAUUGCUUUUCAUUUCUUUCACGGGGCAUACUGUUAAAUUUGUUGAAACUAACCACCACUGGAUAAUGAUAAUUGCCAGUGACAAUAAUUCUUAAUAAUGUUUGUUGUAAACUAGAACGCAAUAGCGGGAUCAAAAAUGUAGAAAAAACUAUUACAUAUAUAUAAAUUUAAUAUUACAAUUUAUGUAUGUAUGUAAAAAAUAAAAUUUAUGAAACUAUGUAUAUCAACUACAACAAUAAAGUGAGAGACAAAUGUAUUACUCUGUUAAA